AUGAAAUUUCUCAUCAUUGCUCUGGCUUUAGCGGCCGUCCACGCCGUGCCAGAAUCAGCCAUGGAAAACGUAACUCCAUUCGAUUCUGUCGAUAUGGACAACAAUGGAUCUAUUGACUACAAUGAAUUCGAAAAAUGGCAGAAAUCAAAACUCGGCGAGACCAGCACUUUUUCGCGAUAUGAUGUGUCGCAUGACCAAACAUUGGAUGUGUCCGAGUUUGUGCCGUUGGCGUAUGAAAUUAGCCGUAAACCCGUUGAUACAGCGGAAGAAAUUUUCAAGCGCAUGGACUUGAACCACGAUCGCGUCGUUGACUCAAAUGAAGCCAGUGUUGCUCGCAAGGAGUACGAUGCAAGCAUUAUUGAUGGAGUGCUUGCCGUUGCUGAUGUGAAUGGAGACGGUCAACUCACAUACGAAGAGUUCACAGCCCAGCUCAACUACAACAAGCCAAAGAGCAGAAAGGAAGCCGAUAAGGAGAUGGCUUACCAGAUUCUGAGCUAUAUCGAUGCGAACCGCGACGGAAAACUGUCACAAGAUGAGAUUUUCAGCUUCGCAAAUCUGUCAAAAGAAGAAAUUGCAAAAGUAAUCGACACGCUUGACGCUAAUCACGAUGGCUUCCUUACCGUGGGCGAAAUUGAACGAAUUCCGGGAAAGAUGUCUCAGCUAGCCAGCAUUCAGCCUCCACCAACUGUUUAA